CUUUGACAAUUGGCAGUAUAAAAAACAAUGUGGUCCUUCUUCAUGAGUAUUUGACAAGCACCAUUUUAGAAGACAUAAGGAGAGUCGUCUAUGUGUUCAGUGUCAGUUACCUUAAUUGCUAUACAUUAAAAUGUAACAUACCCCAAACCAACUUAAAUUAUUAACCUACUUGUUUAGAUAACCAUAUAAUUUUCAUAAAGGAAACUAAAGUGAAAAUGAAAACCAACUCUUUAUUUUAUCUAAAGCAGCAGAACUUUUACUCGUGCACCUAGUAACUAUCAUCACAAGUGCUUACAAUGUGCCAAGUACAAUGGGUUUAUUUCCCUUAAUGCUAUAAAAGUGUAAUGAUGUGGGUUCUAAGAUGAGGAUUGGGGGAGGGGUUGUUAAAUGUGUAAAUUUUGUAUAUUAAGGUAGGAGACGGUGUUUUCUAAUUUCCAUCCCAUAUUUUUAGGAUUUUAUUUUUAGCAACAGGGGGAAAGAGAUUGUUAUUUUUUUUGUAGAUUUUAAUAUUUUUAUGUGCAUCAUGCUCUAAAAUCAGGAGUUGGAAGUACAAGAAGAAGGCUCAAGUAUUUGUAGAUCUUCAGUGGUAAGUUGUCACAGGAAAUUAAGAUGAGGCUUCCUCACACAUAUUUAUUUUUGGCUCAGAGUUUGCUACUAGCAAUUACUGGUAAAAGCACAAAAUUUUAGGGAUAGCAUGUUCAAGUUAUAGGUGAUACUGUUUGCAAGGUGGAAUCCUCCCCCAAAAGGAGAAGAGAUGUGAUUUUUUGAAUGGCAUCGCUACUCUUCAUGUGGAUACAUGCAUGUAAUGUUUGCAUCUAAUAAAGUAAUACUGAAGAUACUUUCUCCUUCUCCAACCUCUUCAAUAAUCUGUUGCCACUUUAUCUUUGCAAAUGAAAUGCAGGAAGGAGGAGAGGGAGGAGAGAAAGCCUUUGAAUCUUUACCAGCGGAUGGGUAAACUCAGUUGAUUUAUUAGAUGCUUUUCUCCUCUAAAUUUCUAUAAUUAAGUUAGUUAAUAUUUAGUUGGAUUUAUAUUUUGUCUUCAUUUGGUUAACUCUACAACUGAUCAUUGAUGUGUCCAUUGCCUGAUACCCUUUGGACUGUGUUUAAAGAUUGAGGAUAAAACUAUCAAGGGCAAAACUAGAGUAGGUGACUGAUUCCUGAUUCUUUGUUGUCCUUGAAGACACUGGAUAAUGGAGCCACCUGCAUGUGCCUGCAUGUGUUGGAUUUUGUUAGUUGGAUCCAGCUCCAGCAAAGAGACAACUGAGGUCACGUCAGCACCUUGGAAGGCUGGGAAGCUGGAACUGGAGCAGCUGAGCCAAUCCCCAGACAAACAGGUUUUAACCAGGACAGACUGAGAGAGCGCUUUGCUUUGGAGACUUUGCUCUUUACCUAAGGAUGUGAUCUAUUCACAUCUUUUCCUUUUGCCUUUACAUUUUUGCAAAGAAUAGCAAAUUCAGUAAAGCUAGAAAUGCAGAGUGAUGAAGAGUGUGACAGGAAACCCCUGAGCCGUGAAGAUGAGAUCAGGGGCCGUGAUGAGGGCAGCAGCCUAGAAGAACCCCUAAUUGAGAGCAGCGAGCUGGCUGACAACAGGAAAGUCCAGGAGCUUCAAGGCGAGGGAGGAAUCCGGCUUCCGAAUGGUAAACUGAAAUGUGACGUCUGUGGCAUGGUUUGCAUUGGGCCCAAUGUGCUUAUGGUACAUAAAAGGAGUCACACUGGUGAACGUCCCUUCCACUGCAACCAGUGUGGAGCUUCUUUUACUCAGAAGGGCAACCUUCUGAGACAUAUAAAGUUACACUCUGGAGAGAAGCCGUUCAAAUGUCCUUUUUGUAGCUAUGCCUGUAGAAGAAGGGACGCCCUCACAGGACACCUCAGGACCCACUCUGUGGGUAAACCUCACAAGUGCAACUACUGUGGACGAAGCUACAAGCAGCGCAGUUCACUGGAGGAGCACAAGGAACGCUGCCACAACUAUCUCCAGAAUGUCAGCAUGGAGGCUGCCGGGCAGGUCAUGAGUCACCAUGUACCUCCUAUGGAAGAUUGUAAGGAACAAGAGCCUAUUAUGGACAACAAUAUUUCUCUGGUGCCUUUUGAGAGACCUGCUGUUAUAGAGAAGCUCACAGGGAAUAUGGGAAAACGUAAAAGCUCCACUCCACAAAAGUUUGUGGGGGAAAAGCUCAUGCGAUUCAGCUACCCAGACAUUCACUUUGAUAUGAACUUAACAUAUGAGAAGGAGGCUGAGCUGAUGCAGUCUCAUAUGAUGGACCAAGCCAUCAACAAUGCAAUCACCUACCUUGGAGCUGAGGCCCUUCACCCUCUGAUGCAGCACCCGCCAAGCACAAUCGCUGAGGUGGCCCCAGUUAUAAGCUCAGCUUAUUCUCAGGUCUAUCAUCCAAAUAGGAUAGAAAGACCCAUUAGCAGGGAAACCUCCGAUAGUCAUGAAAACAACAUGGACGGCCCUAUCUCUCUCAUCAGACCAAAGAGUCGACCCCAGGAAAGAGAGGCUUCUCCCAGCAAUAGCUGCUUGGAUUCUACUGACUCAGAGAGCAGCCAUGAUGACCACCAGUCCUACCAAGGAAACCCUGCCUUAAACCCCAAGAGGAAACAAAGCCCAGCUUACAUGAAGGAGGAUGUCAAGGCUUUGGGUACCCCCAAAGCUCCCAAGGGCUCCCUGAAGGACAUCUACAAGGUCUUCAAUGGAGAAGGAGAACAGAUUAGGGCCUUCAAGUGUGAGCACUGCCGAGUCCUUUUCCUAGACCAUGUCAUGUACACCAUUCACAUGGGUUGCCAUGGCUACCGGGACCCACUGGAAUGCAACAUCUGUGGCUACAGAAGCCAGGACCGUUAUGAGUUUUCAUCACACAUUGUUCGAGGGGAGCAUACAUUCCACUAGGCCUUUCCAUUCCAAAGGGGACCCCUAUGAAGUAACGAACUGCACAUGAAGAAAUACUGCACUUACAGUCCCACCUUCCCUCAGAUGUUAACAUACCUUUUUUUUCUUUAAAUAUUAUUACUGUCAUUAAUCCUUACUUUGUGGAUGCAGUGUCAUUUGCUCUGCCUAAUAACAAUAUGAAAGAAGCAGAAGAGAGAAGGGACAGGGGAUAUUCUUUCUUGAUAACUUGGCUAGUUUAUAUUUUGUGGGAAUUUAAGAGCAGUUCAUUUCUGCCAUGCAUAGAUAUAAGGCAUAUUAUGCUUUGGAAAAAAAAAAUCACUUCAUUCAUAUAGGUUCACCUAAGAGAUUCUAAUUUGCCACUGAUGUUCAGGAAUAUGAUCUGAAGGCAGGAAUGUUGAGAGUUUUCCAGGUAGGAUUUGUGCAGUUGAAAUGGUACAAGCAAUUUUACUCUUUAAAGAAGAAUGUUUCAAAAUGUAAACUUAUUUUUCCCUCUAGAGAUCAUGGAACACAAACGCAUUGUUAUUUUCAGUGAUAACUCCUUGGAUGAGUUGUUAUUGUAUGUUUACUUCCCCUAUGGAAUUUAUAAUACAGUAUGUUACACACUGUACCACAUAGUAAAACUUUUAAACUACAGGUAGUUAAGGAUACCUACAGUACAUCCGAGGUCCUAUGAUCUUAUUUUUCUAAACUUAAGCACUGUUUUUCCAUAGUUUUGAUGACUGGCAUUUUAUAGACACCCUGGCAGCCUUACUUUUAACACCUUUAACUAAUAGUGUUUUUAUGUAGUUUUCAGAAUAACAUAUGGUCUAAGAAUGGCUAAGUCAACAGUUUCCAGAAGGGACCUCUACUUUUCAUAAAUUUGUUUGGGAAGUUUUCCUUUAAAAGUUGUAAGGUGAUGGCAGCAUAGUAUAUGUAUUUGUUUCUGAAAGUAUGCUUGUGAUUGUCACUUUAACAUUUAAUCAGUGUUAACAAGUCAGCAGAAAAAUAUAAUUAGGCUAACAGUAGGGGGAAAAAAUCUACUCAGAAAUCUCUUUUCUGGUAUUUCUCUUUUCACGAGUUUUUUUCAAGCUCUGACCACCCAGUGUUCGUCCAUAGUCCAUUCUUUUUGUACUCUUCUAGUGGAAGGUCUUAAAAAUCUUGCUAUAGGCUCUUUUCUUCAACAUCUUAGAGCAAUUGCUAUUUUGACUGAAAUGUGGUAACUUGAAUGCCAUAGGUUAUGGAACUAGGGCUAUUUAUUCUAGUAUUUGUUCAAUAAUUAUAUUUCCCACUUUUGGUGCAAGGAAAGGGGAACUUUGUAACCUAUACAUCGAACUAUAGAUGAAACGAAAAACAAAACUUAUUUUUAUCCUUCUUGGAGUCUAGAAUGUGACUGAACCUCCAAGUGAAAGUGACUAUGUCCUGUACUUGUCAGAAGUGAAUCUCAAUCCCAUGUUGCCAUAUUUCAUGUGCAGAUUUUCAUUUCAUUUCUGUGGGUGCUCUGUGUUUUCUUUGCAAUCCAACAGCAUUGGAGGGAAGGAAACAAGUGAGACUGAUUAAAGUCACUUUGGGGGACACUCUUGGGAGGCAAAACUUGCUGAUUUGUUUAGGAAGGACAGGCCUGAACAUGACUGGCUUAUCAAUAACCAUUUAUGAAUACUGAAGUUCUGUUAAGUAGUAACUGAUAACUACUCUAAAAAAAAUCAUUAAAUAGGAUACUGAAACUAUGUUUCUUAACACAAAAUGUUAUGAGAAAUAGCAAAACUAGAGGUCUGUGGAUAGAUAAGCAAGUCUGGCCCUAACACUGCUCUUCAGUCAUUUUCUUGCUUACCAUCUGCUUAUUUAAACAACUUCUAAGCAUGAACUCAGCUAGAGCUAAGCAAAAAUGGUUACAACGCAGCUCUCUCUUAAGGGAAUCCAAACGAUUCCCUUAAAUCUAAGAGAAUGCACCAAAAGAGAGAUGUGAAAUGUUUUAAAUAGAAUGUCAACUCUCAUUUUUUUUUUCCUGCAUGCUUUAGUACAUUACAAAUGUACAGUUUAUUUAAGGUGAAGCAUGUCUUUGAGACUCCCUUACCCCACCCACUCUAACCACACAUAAAUGAAAUUUUGUUUGUUUUUCCUUUUGGAAGGGAAUAAAUAAUUUAAGAUUAGUGAUUUUGUGUUUUACUUCAAUUUAAGGAAACAUUUGGAUGGCAGUCAAUAUGUUCAUAACUUUGGCUGCGUGUGAAUUUUUGCUGGCGCCAUCUAUGAAUCUUCUUCCUGCCUACUAUGUUGUGGUUUUUUUUUUUCAAUGUAUGAGCAGUCAUGUACCUACCUGCCCUGGGAUGAAACUGAAUUUAGGUAGACCUGAAGAGUUAGUUGUAUACUACUCCUGUGAGACAGCACUAAUGCACUCUCCUUUUCUGAUUUCAUCUUCUGGGGAAUCUAUUUCAUUGAAGGGACUAUUUGUGAGAGUGUAUUUGUUACCAGCCUAUACUUGUACUUUCUUAGCUUCAUGAUGUGAGGAUCAGAAAGAGGUAACGGUGGCUCAGGGUAUUGCAGGGACAAAUGAGGACAAGGUCAAUUCAAACGUGUAGGUUAGAAAGAAUUUUUAUGGACACAGUGCUUUCUGGGAAGCUCUUGCUGGCUGGCUCUAAUUCACAAAAGGAAAUAUGCAAAGUGGUAAUACCUAAAAAUAAGUUGGGGGGUUCAGACACCAAAUAAAUCAAGUUUUACACAACAGUUAUAUUCCCGGUUUAUUUAGGUGAGAUUUUACAUUACACUUUUUUUGAGGAGCUUGAAAAUGGGUUAGCCUCUGUAUUUUCCAGUUUGGCAAAAAUUCAGAAAUGUAUCACAUCGCUCUGCCCUAAUUUUGCCCAGAAUUUUAUUGCCAGUUCCUGUUGGAGAAGUGUGCUGCAUCUCUCUAAUAGUGGUCAAUCACUUUUAAAGAGCCAUUGUAAUCUGGCUUUUAAAAACAAUGAAAAUUACCAAUAAGCAGAUUGGAAGAGAUUUUGAGUUGUUGAAACAUUCCAGUGUUGAGAACUUUCUGGAGGGACAAAAUGGGAGAGUAAGAGAUUUAGGUCUGGCUACAAGGUAGGGGGUGUCUCUCUACAUACAUACAAGUAUGUAUGCAUCAUAGUGUGUAUUUGUGUGUACAUACACAUUCUUUUAAACAAAAUUCAUGAAAAGCAAUUAGAGUGAUCAGAUGUGUUGUAAAAACAAAGGGAGAGAGAGUUAAAAUUGCAGUUAAUUCCUGAGCAAUUUAGCAGAUUUACUUUACCAGACUGUAUUAGGAAAUAUUUUUAGUUACUAGUGUAUCUUCAGAACUAGUGGCGACUAAUAGACUUAAAUCUGGGGUCUUUACUGUUUACUUCCAGAACAAAUCAAAAAAGUCAGUCCAAAAAAAAAAAAAAAGAUUUUAAGCUGAUUUUUCAUAACCUCCAAAGUGAAAAAAACACAAAUUAGUUUUGAAUAAGAAGAUACAGAAAGCAAAUGAUCACCUGUUGGCAAAUGUAGAAAGACAGGAAUAUUUUAAGUGAGUCUGAUACCGUUUUUAUUUACAGUUUUUUCGUCCCAGUUAUGCAAACCACAAAACCACGAAGUCUUUAUGAUAUUUUAUAAGUGUUUGAUAAAAUCUACAUCAGUGAAGGCAUUUAAAUGAAAAUUAUGUUUUAUUUAUUUUCUGAACGUUACUUCAUUCUGUCUCCAGAAUGAUUCCUUAAGGUAGAGAAAGAACAGGAAAGGCAGCAAAAAAUACAAACAGAAAACUGUAUUCCUCUGGUUUCAAGACAAAACUUAUAUCAUAAAAGGUACUGGCUGUAUUACUUCUUUUUUUAACUUUGAAUUUCUCACUUUACAAAAAGGGAUAAGUUAUAUUUGUGGUCAUCUUUUAUAGUUUAUAUUUUAUUCUAGUAAAGCACUAUAUGUACGAAGAUUAUUCUGAAACAGAAGACUCCCCAAAUGCAAAAGAAAAAGAAAAGGGGAUGAAACUGAAGUUUGUACAUAGAAAAGUUAUCUUAGAAAUGUUUUUGAAUCUCCAGUUUCUGCAAAAUAAUUAAAAUAUACAGUAACUGGUCUCUUAAGAUCCUGAAUUUAAUGUAUUAAAUACUUACAAAAUUUCUCUUUAUUGGUGCCUUUUUAAAAUGCAUUGAGAAAGUGUUGGUUAGCUGUUGUAGCUCUCCAACACUUUUUAUUAUGUAUUUUUAAAAAUCACUUAAAAUUGAGUAAAAUAUAGUUCAUCUCCAUUUUCUUAGGGCAAAACCGUUAGAGGUAUUUCUAAUACAGAGACUUACAGCUCAUCUCUUUAAAAUAAAAGGAAACCUUGAAACCAGAUUUUAGUACCUUAUUAGUUUGGUAAUAUUUUCUGAAUACUAUUACAAGAUUAUGCAGGUAAAAUAUGAGGUAGAGGGAUAUUUUAGCUGUGAAUUGUAUUAUGGUAUGUGUUUGUUUUGUUUUAAGGAAGAAUGAGUUUUAGUGUCAUACAAGGAUUUAUUAGUGGAAUUUUGGUCAGUGAAAUACAGUAUUGUUUUGGUAUUUCAUUCUCAGACUAGUGCUGUUCUAGUCUUAGAAUCUCUGUCUUCUAAUCUGUUCAUGUUUCAUGGAGUAAUGUAAAGAAGCAGGUAAUUAAUUCUCCUUGAACAAAACUAAAGUCAACAGUCGUAUCACAUUGCUGUUCUCCAAAGCAUAAUCUCAAAUGGUUUCCUUACCAUGGUUGUGUAUUACUUGCAAUGGAUAUGUUAGGAUAUGACAGCUUUUUUAAAGUGAGCUGCUUGGUAUACAAAGCAAAUGUCAUAUGACCAAGAAGCUGUGAUAUGCUAGUGUUUCUUUUUAAUCAUAGUGUAUUGCUAGGCCAAAUAAUGACACCUUGAAUAUUUUUACAUUUAUUGCAACAACCUAAAAUUUGGGGAUUUGUGUAAGGUUUUUAUGUAAUAUUAUAUUUCUAGCUUUUUAGUUUUCUCUUGCUAUAAUGUAAGUUUCUGGAUAUCUUUCACAUGCACUCUUAAAAAUAUGUUCCUAAUUCUGUUUGUGGGAUUUUUCUCCCAUUACAUUACAUUUGUAUAUUUUCUGUAUAAAUUUGUUGUGAAUUAACCUUUAUCCCAUACAGAGAAUGGUACCUGAAUGACUAGUUUUCUAAGAUGUCCUUUUUAUUGUGAAUAAAAUAUAAAAUGUA